AUGUCGUCCACCUAUCAACUGAUAUGCACCAUUAUUUCAUUUAUACUCAAUUCAUUUCUCGUUUGGCUAAUCUUGACACGUUCACCACAACAGACUGGAAAAUACAAAUGGCUCAUGCUGUAUACAACUUGCUUUGAGAUUUUCUGGGGUGCUUUCGAUUUGCCGGCGGAGAUUAUCGCCCAUUCCGUCGGCUGCGCAUUCAUAGUAUUCCGUGUAAACGACGUGGAUUCUCUCCUUUCCUCCGAUACGUCAUCAUGGGUUGUCCUCGUCUACACAGCUAUUUUCGGCGCAUCAAUGGCUCUAUUCGCCUCUCAUUUUAUUUAUCGUUAUGGCUCAAUAGACAGUAAUUUCGGGGAGAAGUACACUUCUGGAUGGAAAUUCGGAGUACUCUUUUUUAUUCCGGUGAUUACUGGAAUCUGGUGGGCGACUGUGGUGAGAGUGUGGUUUUGGCCGAAUCAGGACAUGGAUGAUUAUACAAGAGAAUUGAUAAUGGAAAAAGUUGGAGUCGGUAUUCAGAAUAUCAGUUAUAUCGGUGCAAAAUUCUAUAACAAAGAUGGUCUCAAUGGAACUAACUCAUUGAAUCAACCGGCGUGGAUUGGUGUCUCCCAGAUGUGGUUUAUGGUCAUCUCAUCCAUGAUCUGUGUCUUUGGAUUCGGUACCCUCUGCUAUCUGCGUCUCUCGAAUCAACUCUCAAUAGUGUCAAGUGCUGCUAACAACCUCCAAGUUCAGUUCUUCUACACCCUCGUCCUCCAGACUGCUAUCCCAUUGAUCCUCAUGCAUAUCCCAAUCACUAUCUACUUCCUUUGCCCAAUGCUUGAUCUGGACUUUGAUUUUGCGAGUUCCUUUGUUGCAUCCACCAUUGCUUUGUAUCCUGCAGUUGACCCGUUGCCAAGUUUCUUGAUUAUCAAAAGUUAUAGACAAGCUACUAUUGGAUUCCUCCGCUCAUUGCUCUUUCUACCUGGUAACAAGUAUCAAACAAGACCAACAAUCACGGUGAACAGUAUCGGGCCGAGAUCUUUUUCACAAACUGUUAAUUAA